GUCGUCUGUCACUUUUCUACAAACACCACCACAGACCACAGUAAAUGUUUUUAUCUGUUCUUUUACGUUUCAGUCCAAAGAACCUCAAGAACUUUCAAUUUGAUUAAGAAAUAUUUAGCUGUGGAGCUACCAUCCCGUUUUCACCCAAAUACUUGUGCACUGUCACCCACUUCUGCAGUUUGGUUAGUUCUUUGCUUACAUAUCAUCAGAACUAAUGGCUUCAGAUGCUAACCGUCCUGAGUUGAUUGAAGAAGUCAAGCUUUUCCGCAAUGCUCGGGAAAGAGAAAAGUAUGAUAAUAUGGCGGAUCUAUUUGCGGUGGUGAACACGCUACAGCACCUGGAGAAGGCCUUCUUACGCGACUGCGUAACUCCUAAGGAAUAUACUGCGGCGUGCACAAAACUGCUUGUCCAGUACAAAGCAGCAUUCAAACAAGUACAUGGAGAUGAGUUUCCCAAUAUAGAAGCGUUUGUCAAGAAAUAUAGGUUGGACUGUCCUGCGGCCUUGGAGCGCAUCAAAGAGGAUAGACCAAUUACCAUCAAGGAUGACAAAGGCAAUACAAGUAAAUGUAUUGCAGAUAUUGUAUCGCUGUUCAUAACUAUUAUGGACAAACUGAGGCUGGAAAUCAAAGCUAUGGACGAGCUUCAGCCAGAUUUGCGAGAUUUGAUGGAUACCAUGAACAGGUUGAGUUCCCUUCCUUCCAGUUUUGAGGGAAAGCAGAAAGUUUCAAGUUGGCUUGACACAUUAUCAAAUAUGCAGGCGUCUGAUGAACUUUCAGACACUCAAGUUCGACAGCUCAUUUUUGAUUUAGAAUCAUCUUACAAUGCUUUUAAUAGAUUCUUGCAUGAGUCUUCAUAAUACCAUCUUUGCUCUAUCUUCCUUCUAAUUGUGUCUUAUGCUCUCAUUAAUUAUUUCAUACGAUUAGAGUAAACUAUCCUCAUAUUAUCCACAUGAUGGUCCCAACUCUGUUUCCUUUUGACGUAAGAGAAUUCCCGUUAUUUUUAGCUGUCAAAGGACUUAGGAGUCAUACAUGUAUAUUGGACUUUAUUAGCUGUUUUACUUGUUAGUUAAUUUUUAUUUGACUUAAAAUCAUUCAGUUAUGUUCCUUUAAAUCAUUGUUAUGGAAUAUUUCAGUCUUUUCCUCUUUUUUCUACUGAACAAUUUGUUUCCAUGCCUCAAAGUGAUUUAAUGUCGAUCUGUGAUUCUAGAUUGGAUCUAUAUUCAGCUAGAUGUAAAAUAUGUUGCCUUAUGCUGUCAGGCCCAGGCCCAGUCAUUUCCAUAAUAUAUUUUCACAAAUUACAAGA